GGGAAAGAAAGCCGAAGACCCCUAGUAGAACGACGCGGACGGAGCCCGCGUCCCCCAUCUACUUCCGGGACUUAAGACCGGUUUCCGGAAGCCAGGACGGUGUCCCCAUGGUAACCGAGGACGGCUCUUUGAGGCCCUUGCCUUAGUGCAAGAGAAACAGUUCUGAUUUGGAGGAACUAGGUGCCUCUCCCUCAGUGCUGAGGAGAAAUCUGGCGGCUGUUUUCUGGAAAACUGUGGAAUGUGCCCUUGGAGGCCCAAGAGAGCAGAAGGAAGAUGCUCCAGACCAGUAACUACAGCCUGGUGCUCUCUCUGCAGUUCCUGCUGCUGUCCUAUGACCUCUUUGUCAAUUCCUUCUCGGAGCUCCUCCGAAUGGCUCCCGUCAUCCAGCUGGUGCUCUUCAUCAUCCAGGAUAUUGCAAUCCUCUUCAACAUCAUCAUCAUUUUCCUCAUGUUCUUCAACACCUUCGUCUUCCAGGCUGGCCUGGUCAACCUCCUGUUCCAUAAGUUCAAAGGGACCAUCAUCCUGACAGCUGUGUACUUCGCCCUCAGCAUCUCCCUUCACGUCUGGGUCAUGAACUUACGCUGGAAAACCUCCAACCGCUUUGUCUGGACAGAUGGACUUCAAACACUAUUUGUAUUUCAGAGACUAGCGGCAGUGCUAUACUGUUACUUCUACAAGCGGACAGCUGUGAGGCUGGGGGAUCCUCGCUUCUACCAGGACUCUCUGUGGCUGCGCAAGGAGUUCCUGCAAGUCCAAAGGUGACCUCUUCUCGUCCCAC